AUGGCCGGUCUGCACGAGGCUCCGAUGUAUCAGCCCCAGGAUGCGCUCACUCGGGCCAUCAACACGACGAUGAUGACCGGCAGCGUCGGUCUCUUCACGUCUGCCGUCCAGAACACCCUCCAGAAGCAGAAUGUCGGGCCCUGGGGCAUCUUCACCCGGACCGGCAGCACGAUCUUCUUGUUCGCUGCGAUGGGCGGCUCCUACGAGUUCGUCAAGACCGCUUCCGCCAACCUUCGCGAAAAGGAAGACCACUGGAACGCCAUCUACGGCGGUUUCGCUGCCGGCUCGCUCAUCGGCUUCAGAGCCCGAACCUUCCCCGCCGUUAUUGGCUACGGUGUCGCGCUGGCGACGGUGCUGGGCACCUUCGAGUUCACCGGAGGAUCGCUACGAGGCAAGGAGAUCGACCGCACCGUCGACGAGUACGACCGAAGAACCGCCCUCAGGAAGAACUUCCGCAGUCCAGGCGAAGAGACAAUUGCAGAGCUGGGUGAAGGACGAGGAAUCGAAGGCCCCGGAUACGCAGAGAGACGGCGAGAGAGGAUAAAACAGAAUUACGGGAUCGAUGUCCCCGUCACACAAGCAUCAGCCUCCCCAUAG